AUGUCUGCUAAGGCCAUCGGCAGCCGUCUGAGUGGCCACAGAGACGAGGACGCAUUUGAGGUGGUGAACGACGGCAUUUCCGUCCUUCAGGAAGGAAACUACCAGGUCAACGUCGACCUACACCACAGCCAGCCAAGACAGAGUUACAACGUCGUUUUCAAGGUCUGGCACCACAAAACGCUGUUGGCCCAGUGCUCGCGUCCGCUGCGUACCAAGAAGGCGAUUUCGCUCAGCUUACUGGAGAUGCGCUGCCAGCUGCCGGCACUGACGAAGCUGCGUGUCGAGUUCCUGGCACCCGGUUUUGCCUUCCACGAGAGCCGCAUUGUGCUGCGUCUUCUACAGUAG